GAACCACAGCUUUCGAUCUGUUCAGCUGAGGGAGAAACUAAGGAACGUUCAGGCUGGGUUGGAAGCGGCUGCGGCUGUGUGACGAGUUUGCUUCCGGCAACACAGCCGAAAGGCAUCAGAACACGAGAGAAACCAACAGACGCCCAAACGUUUAUACGAUUAUAAUUCCAAUGGCGAAAGUACCGCGAAACUUCCGGCUGCUCGAGGAACUCGAGAAGGGAGAGAAGGGGAUCGGUGAUGGAUCGUGCUCCUAUGGACUUGAAGACGGAGACGAUAUCUCCAUGACACACUGGAAUGGGACGAUCAUAGGUCCAGGACAUACGGUGCACGAGAACAGAAUUUACUCCCUAAAGAUUACCUGUGGGCCCCAAUACCCCGAUCGCCCUCCGGAUGUUUCCUUCUAUUCCCGCGUCAACCUCCCGUUUGUGAAUCAACAGAAUGGAAAAGUGGACCCAUCCAAGUUGGGCGCUCUUUCAAAUUGGACAAGAAACAGCACAAUGGAGAGCUUGCUAAUUGAUGUCAGAAGGGAGAUGGCUUCCCCGGCCAAUCGGAAAGCCCCCCAACCGCCGGAAGGCUCCACUUUCUGA